AUGGUUACUAGCGACCGUUGUGGAAGAAUCUGGUCUGAAGAUACUCCACAACAUGAGGGAACUCUGGAUCACUCUCGCGAUCAAAUCAAACAGGAAUAUUUGCAGGCACAGAAUCACUUGUUCAUCCUUGCAGAGUGUUGCAGAGAUAUUGCAAAGGGCGAUGUCGUGGUAAAACCUUUGAAGAAGAACUCUUCCUAUAUACAGGGUCGAUGUACUUUUGAUGGGGCACAAGAUUUUGUUACAAACAACAGACAUAACUGGGUUAUUCUCAAUGGGGACCAUGAUCGGUACAUUAUCGAAGUAGGAUCUUAUGACAGAGGUAAGAAAGAAGCUCUAUGA